AUGAAGCCCGCAGUUGUCGUAUUUGCAUCAGUCCUGGCUGUCUGCUCGGUCACUAUUGCUAGUCCAGUCAUUCCCAGCUCGACUACAAUCAGUAAACCUGACUAUUCAGAAUAUCCUAUCACAUAUGACGGGUAUGGAAAGUAUUGCCAUCCACUUGAUUUUGAUGGAAUAAUGCUGGUCAAACUACUUGCAAAAAAUACACAUAAACUAGAAAAAGUAACAAAAUAUAUCAACAAGAAAGAGUCUAACAUUGCAUGUCAAGAAACAUUGGUGGGUGAGCUCAAGGAAAGACUGGACUCUGUAAUGGAUGAUGGUAAUGGGUCAGGAAUCGCCGAGCUUGAAUCCGAGUUUAUUAAACAGAAUGGCAUUCUUGAACAACUCAAAGAACAGUUGGAGCGACUUUUUGAAAGACAUUCGAAUAGGUACAAAAAAGAUGUUGGAUUGCGAUCGGCACUUGCAGAGUACUUUGCAGAGCAUGAUCACCAUCAGCUCACUCACUCGCUGCACCAAUGCAACUGCAUGAUCAACCUGACACCAACCAAACCACACUCGAAUAUAUAUGUUCCAGUCAUGUGCAUGGUGUAUCGAUUGUCAACUCACAAUGUCAACUCCAACACAUUCCACCAUGAUUAUGCUCAUGGUCACACCAUGCUGAUGUAUGUCGAUCGGUAUCACAUUGCAACCAGUUAUCAUCCAAUGACUGCAAUGCAAUACCGUGCAUGUAUUGUGACUGAUACGCUGUGCACCAUCAGCAAGUGUGCAACUGUCACUUGA